UAAGGUUUAGGUUUUAUCCAAACACGACGAAAAUGCCGCUUUCGAUCCGAAGGCUAACAAAACAUGUCAACAUGGCGGCUUGCAUGAGUGAAAACGGUUCGGAUAAAAAACUUGAAUUCUUCUUAAAGGUACCUUUCCCAUCCGAGAGAGAGGCAACUAUCGCCCUGCAAUCUUUAUCUCCUGAUCCCGAACCGAGGAAAGGAGGAAUUACUAAAAACCUGGACGUUUCAGGACAAACACUGUCUGUGAGUUGGACUGCAGAUGAAGCCCGUAUUCUUCGUGUUUCCGUAAGUUCAUUCUUGGACCAUUUGUCUCUAGUGAUGGAAACUAUGGAUGCAUUUGGACCGCCUGUUUCACAGUGACACUCUGAGAGACAAAUAUGAGCAUAAGACGAGAAAUGUGGAUGCAGAUGCAGUUUGCACUGUGUUAUGACUAUGUCCAAAAGAAAUAUCUGCUGCCAUGUGUUCAGUAUGGACUGCAAGGACUCAAAAAGCAUUAUCAGUGUGCUUUUGCUCUGUGGAAUACUUCAUAAUGUCUUAAGUAAAUUGUUUUGAGUUGUGUUAAAGGAAUAUCAUACCCAAAAAUGGACAUUUACUAAAAAACUACUCACCUUAAGGCAAGUAGAUAAGUUCUUUCUUAAUCAGAACAGCAUUACAUCACUUGCUCACCAAUGGAUCCUCUGCAGUGAAUGGGUGCCGUCAGAAUGAGAGUCCAAACAGAUUAUUAAAACAUUACAGAAAUCCACACACAUUUCUUACAAACAUGCAUCUUCAGUUAACAAGAUGUUAAUUGAUGGACUGAAGUGGUGUGGAUUAUAGUGGUUUUUACCAGCUGUUUGGACUCUCAUUCUGACGGCGCCCAUUCACUGCAGAGGAUCCACUGGUGAGCAAGCGAUGUAAUGCCAAAUUUCUCCAAAUCUGUUCCGAUGAAGAAACAAAUUCAUCUACAAAUGCUCAGUUUUUGGUGAACUAUUCUUUUUUAAAACAAACAAGGUCCAGCGUUUUUGUCAUCUGAAUAAAGAUUUAUUAAUGGAGCAUUGUUGAUAAAACAAUACCGAGAGAUGAUUUAACAGUGUCCAAGGAAAGGUAAUUGUUUUAUAAAAGAGGGACAGAUGUGUUUAUUGAUUUCUAUUGGCAGACAUCACUAAGAAUUUUCGAUCAAAAUCAUCUACAAUACUGGUUGAUAGAAAUAAAGACGUUAAAAAAAAAAAAAAAUCAUAUGGAUUCAAGGGUUGUCAGGACUCAACUCUCCAAUUUCAGCUUUCCUUCACAUUUUGUGCCUUUAUUUGACCUAAAUCAUACCCAUAAUUUGGUCAUUGAGAUGAGCCCGGUAAAAAUGUCUACUAUAUGAACACAGAAAAAUACAAAUAAACUGUAAACCAAGUAAUUAAACAGCAUGAGGUCAAGACUUAGGAAUUAAUCAUUAAUGUUACAUUCAUACAUUAAAACUGGGGAAACGCUGUCAUUCCAAGUGAAUUUGUGUUGCAUGGUUAAAAUGAUUGCACUUAAUACUUCGUGAGCUCCCAGAUCCACGAAACGUUCAUUUGACACCAGCCUUCCUGUACCGAAGACGGAAGUGGGCGUCCUUAGGCACAAACUUUGAAUAUUUCUUUCUAGCCUUGGCAGCUCUUAAGUUCUACUGAAGAUUUUGAUAUUGUUGGGCAUGAGUGUGCGUGUCGUUUUUUAGUUAAAGAUUGAUUAAGUUUAGCAUAUUAAAGGAUUUGGCAAAAUAAAGGAAUUUCAAGGAAGUGUGACUGCUUCUACAUCCUAAAAAAAAAAAAAAAAGUAAAA